GUUUUGACAGCUGACAUGAGGUUGGUCAGCGCUGGGGUCCGGGCCCGGAGGGCUGCGGAGCCGUCCGAACCAGAGCCAGAGGAGGCAACGGAGCCGGUUCAUCAUGAGCACUCCCAUUCAGAACACCAUGAGCACUCCCAUACAGAACAUCACCCUGGCCACGACUAUAACCACAUGAAGGAAAAGUUCAUGAAUGAAAUUAGCCAUCUGCCAAUUCCCAUGUGGGCAGUAGGAGCCAUUGUCGUGGUGGUCCUGGUUUUGGUGGCAUGCUUCAUCUUCUGUGUUUUCAAAAAAUGCUUUGGUAAAAAGAAAAAGCCAAAGAAAGUGAGGGAGAGGAAGGCAGGUCGCCGCAGAAAGGCAAAGGAAGGCGAAGGAGAGGCUGGAGAGAAGGAGGGGGAGGUGAAGAAGGAAGGGGAGGAAGAGGAGAAAGAACAGGAAAAGUUGGGUAAGCUGGAGUUCUCCUUGGACUACAACUUCACAGAUUCCCAGCUCAUAGUGGGUAUCCUUCAGGCUCAGGACCUUGCCGCUAUGGACAUGGGGGGAACCUCAGACCCCUAUGUCAAAGUCUUUUUGUUGCCAGACAAAAAGAAGAAGUACGAGACCAAGGUUCAACGCAAGAAUUUAUGCCCUGUUUUCAACGAGACUUUCAUUUUCAAGAUCCCGUAUGCAGAGUUGGGCGGAAAGACCUUGGUGUUGCAAGUUUUUGACUUUGAUCGUUUCUCCAAGCAUGACAUGAUUGGUGAGAUAAAGAUUCCCAUGAACAGUGUUGAUUUGGGCCAGCCAAUGCAACAAUGGAGAGACUUGGAGAGUGGUGAGAAGGAGGAGCAAGAAAAACUGGGUGAUAUUUGCAUUUCUUUACGGUAUGUACCUACUGCUGGGAAACUGACAGUGAACAUCAUGGAGGCAAAGAAUCUGAAGAAAAUGGAUGUUGGUGGCUUGUCAGAUCCAUAUGUGAAGAUUGUUCUACAGCAAAAUGGAAAACGCAUUAAGAAGAAAAAGACGACUGUCAAGAAAAACACGCUCAAUCCCUACUUUAAUGAAAGUUUUAGCUUUGAGGUCCCCUUUGAGCAGAUACAGAAAGUGCAGGUCGUCAUCACAGUGUUUGACUAUGAUAAACUUGGGAGCAAUGACCCCAUUGGAAAGACCUUUAUGGGAUAUGGAGCUACAGGAGUCGGCCUGCGCCACUGGUCAGAUAUGCUUGCCAAUCCCAGACGACCAGUAGCCCAGUGGCACACUCUCCUGCCAGAAGAAGAAGUCGAUGCGGCACUCAAAGCAAAGCCUCGCUAG